CUUCAGGCUUUUUCCGAUUUCUGUUUUUUUUUUUUCUCGGAAAGAAGAAGGCAAGACAUAAGGAAGACGGUAUAACUAGAUCCAAGGCCUUCCCUCUCCGGCCAUGAGCAGGCGACUGCGGACCGAGCCGCUGCGCGGGGAGCUUCCAAUGCGGAUGCCAGGCAACCCCUACUCUGUGGUGGUUCUUCUGAAGGGCUACGCGGAGCCCGAGAGGGUCGGUGACGCUGUGCGCGCCGACGGCUCUGUGACCCUUGUUCUGCCCCAGGCCUGGGGCCAGGCCGGCAGCCAUGGAGAGCUCCCGCCCGAGGGCGGCGAGGCGAAGACGGCCCUGGAAGCGGCGGCCGGCGGCCCCAUCCUCGUGGACACUGGGGGCCCCUGGGCUCAGGAAGCGCUCCUGAGAGCCCUGGCCGGGCAGGGCGUGGCUCCCGCAGACGUGACACUGGUGGUGGGGACCCAUGGACACUCGGAUCACAUAGGGAACCUGGGGCUGUUUCCCGGGGCGGCUCUUUUGGUCUCGCAUGACUUCUGCCUCCCCGGGGGCCGCUACCUUCCCCAUGGGCUUGGUGAGGAACGGCCCCUGAAGCUGGGGCCGGGACUCGAGGUGUGGGCCACACCGGGUCAUGGCGGCCAGCGGGACGUGAGCGUGGUGGUGGCAGGCACCGCCCUGGGCACCGUAGUGGUGGCAGGCGAUGUGUUUGAACGCGAUGGGGACAAGGACUCGUGGCAGACGCUGAGUGAAGACCCGGUGGCCCAGGAGAGGAGCCGGAAGAGGGUCUUAGGCACUGCGGACGUAGUCAUACCUGGUCACGGAGCCCCUUUCAGGGUAAUCAGGGAACCCUGGAAUCCAGAGUCAAAGGAUCCAGGGAACAACUGGUAGGAUCCUGUGGUGGAAGACAAGGAGCGCCGGUAGUGCACGGAUAAACCCUGGAAGAGACUGGACUUGACAUGGAAACUCCCUUUUCCCCAGUCAAGGAACUGACACCAGGACACGGUGAAGACCAGGUCAGCCAGAGUCAGAAAAGGGUGGUCAUUUCCAACCUUUCCAGGAGGUAGGUUUUCCUGGGAAGAGUGCUUCUGCCACUGUUGUCACCAGUAUCACUAUUUUUGCAACCAAACUGGGACCAAGGACUGGAUCAGCUGUAUUCCACCUCCUGAGGCUUCAUUAAUAAAAUGAGAGAAUGUUCUUGGGGUAGUCAUCCCAAAUAAAAAUAGGAAACUACAUUGAAAAUCA